ACGAUCAGUUCCUGCUCUGCACUGUCAGCUGAUUGGCUGUCACCUGACAACAGGGGGCGGAGCCAAACCAACCUGUUUGUUCUGGAACUGCUGGUUCAUUGUGAAGCAGCAGCAGGACGGGAGGAACAUGCUUUCCGUCAGAGUGGUGAGAUCCACCCGAGGGAACGGAGCCAGCCUGAUCAGAUGGGGGUUAAAAGCUGUGAUUCUGCUGGUCUCAGUCAUCGUCAUCGUAGUCGUGGUCCUGCAGUUCUACAGCGACCCGAUCAAAGCUUUGACUAAAAGCUCCGUCGUCUCCAGUCAGACCAUCAUGAUGACCCCCAAACAGUCAGAUGGACCCUGUGUCAGACAGGGAACUUGUCCUCUUGAUCAUUUCAGCUUCUUCAUCCAGAGCGGAGCUGCAAACGUGGUUCCUCCAAAGAUCUGCAUCAACGACAAAAUAGUGAUGGGAACCACCCUGAACAACGCUGGACUUGGAAUAAACGUGGUGAAGCUGAACGGUAGAACAGGAGAGAUUCUGCGGAGAGAACACUACGACAUGUACAGCGGCAGUGUAGACGGUUUAGUUGAGUUCCUGAAGAACAUUGAUAUGGGUUCUGUGGUUCUGAUGGCGACCUACGACGACCCAGCAACAAAGUUAAAUGAUGAGGCCCGACAGCUGAUCUCUGAGCUGGGAAGUUCUGCCAUCAAGACUCUGGGCUUCAGAGACAACUGGCUGUUUGUUGGAGGGAAAGGAGUGUCUGUGAAGAACAGCUUUGAGAAGCACCUGAAGAACGACCAGUCCAAUAAUAAAUAUAAGGACUGGCCCGAGCUGAUCCAGCUGGACGGCUGCAUCCCAAAGUACAUGGAGUGAGGUCCGGCUUGGUCCUGCAGAACUGUAGACCGAACCAGACCUGGUCCAGAACCGAGGAACCUGCAGUGAAAACCUGCGUUUACUGGAGCCUGACUCAGUCGGGUCAGGGUCUGAUGAUAAAGCUUCAGGGUUUGGAUCUUCAGAACCUCAGCAGAUCUGACGGGAGGACUCGGAGCUCCACCACCGAAGAAGAAAACCUCUCAGCUUCUGUCCAGUUUUUAAAUCACAUCAGUAAAAAACUCUCAUUUUUAUCUUUUAUUGAAGAAUUUUAAAGUUUUCUUUCUGCUCGCGGCUGCAGGUUUUUAUAUUUCAUUUUUCUCAGGAUCUCAGUUUAAUGUUCGCAUCGAUUCACUUUACCUCACUGCAGUGGAUUUAAUGUUAUAUUUAUUUAUUAAAGUUUAAUAAAAGUCAACAUUGAAGUCUUAGUUUACAUCAAA